GUGAUUUCCGAUCCCAAAGAUAAGGGAUCCGGCAUUGUUCCCCGUAUCGUUUCCUGUCCGCAAAGCUUCCCGGAGCCCUCAACCGCCUCCGCUCUUGCCCCUCCUCUUUCUCCCCAAAUACCAAUCCGCCGCAUCUUCCUUCUAUCCUGCUACACAUACCAAAUCUCGAAUCCUCCUUGCGGCGCCUGUUUUUUAUGUUGCGUAUUGUUGGCUUCAUCCGUAUAGCUAUGAACUCGGCGCCUCCGAUAGUACACUAAACCAACCAUACCGCACAUUCACGCCAACUCUACGCAAAGGCUCCAAAUCAUCGCCGUCAUCGCUGCUGGUCCCCGAUCUUCGCUGUUGUCAGCCGCCGACCACCGAUUGCCGUUGUGCUCCUCCCCGAAACUCGAAGCAUGAUAUCUUGAGAGACUGCAUUUUUACGUCGAUUCCCGGGGCCAUAGGAACCAUGGCAAAUCAACGAGAGAAACAACUGCAUCGCGCGCGCCUGGUCGCCAGUGUCGCAGCUACCGUCAUCUCUCUGGCGUGCGGUACCAACUACGUUUACUCAGCAUGGGCGCCUCAAUUCGCUGAGCGACUUAAGCUUUCCUCGACCGAAACAAACGUCAUUGGCCUCUCCGCCAAUUUGGGAAUGUAUUCGUUAGGCGUUCCCGUCGGCAUACUCGUUGACCACAAAGGCCCUCGCCUUGCAGUUAUCCUCGGCUCCAUCUUGCUCGCUCUUGGAUACUUCCCUUUCCAUAUCGCUUACGAUCGCGCCGCUGCGCCGGUGCCGCUCCUCUGUUUCUUUUCAUAUCUGAGUGGCCUCGGUGGCUGUCUGGCCUUUGCAGCGGCCGUGAAGACAUCUGCUUUGAACUGGCCGCAUCACCGGGGCACCGCAACGGCAUUUCCUCUGGCAGCUUUUGGCUUGAGUGCCUUUUUUUUCUCGACCUUUGGAACAAUCUUUUUCCCAGGAAACACAAGUGCCUUUCUGGCUCUGCUCUCUUUUGGAACCUGCGGGCUGACUUUCCUCGGCUUCUUUUUCUUGCGUGUCUGGCCCCAUGCCAAUUAUCACAGCGUGCCCACCGAUGAUGUCCUAUCUGGCUCGCAGCAGCUUCGUCGUACGUCCUCGGAAGAGGCCAAACCCAAUCGCACUGGUCAUGGACACAGCGCCUCCCUGAUUGAACCUGGUACGUCGCUAAAAGUUGCCAAUACUGCUACUGCCACCACCCACUACGAGCCAGUCCAGCCAGAACACGAACCGUCUGCGCCGUCUCUCGAGGCUGAUGAGGCGCAAAUCGAAGACAUCGAUGCCGAUGAUUAUGAGCCCAACGAGACGUCCUCGCUGGUGUCGAGCUCCUCCUCUAUGCCCGGUGAUAUCUUUGUGCAGAGUAGUGUUGAUCUGGAUCGUUCUCAUCGAAUAGAUAUUCGUGGUUGGGCACUUCUGCGUGAGAUCGAUUUUUGGCAGUUGUUCAUUAUCAUGGGAACCCUCACUGGUAUCGGCCUGAUGACCAUCAACAACAUUGGGAACGACGUUAAAGCCCUUUGGCGCCAUUGGGACGAGUCUGUAGAUGAGGCGUAUCUCAUCACAAGGCAGCAGAUGCACGUAUCCAUCUUGUCAGUAUGCAGUUUUGCUGGCAGACUCCUUAGCGGCGUCGGCUCGGACUUGAUCAAGCGGCUCAACGGCAGUCGAGUCUGGUGCCUUGUAGCAUCCAGUGCCGUCUUCUUCGUAGCUCAAAUUCUGGCUCUCCACGUCAUUAACCCUCACUUGCUUGGAUUGGUCUCUGGUCUUUCUGGCAUUGCGUACGGCUUCCUUUUUGGAGUAUUCCCCUCCAUCGUAGCCGAAACGUUCGGAAUCCACGGGCUCAGCCAAAACUGGGGUUUGAUGACGCUAUCACCUGUUGUCUCGGGUAACGUGUUCAACAUUUUCUAUGGAAAGAUCUACGACAAGCAUAGUGUUUUGGGGCCGGAAGGCGAGCGUGUUUGUCACGAAGGGCUUGAAUGCUAUCGCGCAGCGUACCUGAUGACACUCGGGGCAUGCUCCGUUGGUCUGAUCCUUACGCUAUGGGUUAUCUACCACCAGCGACUUAAAUGGGCCAAGGAAGAAAAGAGCAAGGCUGAACAGGAUGACUGAAGGUCUCAUCAAAGACAGAUGUUGGAAACAUGAUAAGUAGGGAAGAUGCAAUACAGCUGCAUAAUAGAGAUGUGAUGCUGCUUUUUGCGAGCCCCAAGAGCUUGUGCAUGUCAAGAAACCAAGGAUGCAUAGGCAUCGGAUAGCGGUUCGCCAUUCUAGACCUUACAAUGCGGCGACUGAGGACAAGGGAUAGAGGAUCGGCGUUGUGGGUUGCCUCGCUGGCAUGCAUUAUCGCACCAUUCAUCACACAGUUCAAUAGGAG